UUUAAUUUAUAGUGCUCAGGAAAUAACCUUUCGCUGUAUUUUCAAGUUGUAAAGGAAUGAAAUGGACAUUCAACAGAAAUUGUGGCUGGCCGCGUUGGAUGGUCAUACCGAGGAGGCACAAAGACUGACGAAAGAUGGCGCUAACGUCAAUGCUGCUACAGACCUGUUUAAGGCAACAGCAUUACACCGUGCCUCUUUAAUGGGGAAACCAAUAGCAGUUGAUGUCCUUUUGAAGGUCGGGGCCAAUGUAAACCAAGAGGAUGGCGAUGGUCUUACUGCAUUACAUAUGGCAGCCAACAUUGGGAAUAGGGUGAUCAUCCAAAACUUACUUCGAUCAGGGGCCACUGUGGAUGCUAAAAACAGGGAUGGACGGACCCCUUUACAUGUUGCUGCUAUGAACGGAGAUUUCAAAACCACUCAGUUCCUCAUCCUAGAAAAUGCCACGACUGAUGCUUUGGAUAAGGCACGCCACACACCAUUAGAUUUAGUCAAGAGAAAGAUUGAAGAGAAAAAAGAUGAAGGAUUGACAGAGGCAGCGGAACCUUUGUACAGGACAUUAGCUCUUCUUGAAAGUACCUUAAAGAAAGCUAAAGACAAUAAAGAAGAACGUAGCCUCCUUCGAGACUAUGGAGAGGAAGUAGAGGAGAGGUUUCGGGAGUAUCUGCGACAAGGAUCAGAGGACUAUUACGAAAUAAAUCUGAUGUUUAUUGGUCAAGCAGGUGUUGGGAAAACAACCCUUACCAAAGGUAUCCUUGGAGAACUCGACCCAAAUGCAAUUCCAGACAGCACGAACGGCAUAGACCUACAUCUGCAUAGAUGUAAAUACGACAGGCAAUCCAGACAAAUUUAUCCAGUUUCAAAAGAUAUCAGUGAACAAGUUCUGAAUCAAAGAAUAGGAGGUUUAAUUCAAAUGUCCUUAAAGGCUAAGCCUGUUCAAUGUUCAGGGAAGGUUCCGGUAGAAUCUCUUGAAACACAACUACCACAUCUUACACAAGACUCGACUGUAAAAGAUGAAGUAAGCGGACCCUUAUUACAUACUCAGUCCUCAACAAGUGUCAUAAAAGAACAGGAUUAUUUUGAAAAAGUGAAAGGAAAUAAAGAAAAAGAAACAAAAGAUGAUUCAUCUGGGGCAAUGAAAUAUUUUGGGACCGCUCUGGAAAAUUCAAAAAUGGAGAAUUCGUCUUUAAAUCAGGAAAACUCUUGCGGGUCUUUUCAUUAUACUAUGGGUACAACAACCAUAAUGAGUGAAAACAUAUCAUCGGAAACUACUUCUGUGUCUCUUAUUACUAGAAAUGUGGAAUCUUUAAUUAAUCCUGAGGCAUCAGGUUCAAUUUCGUCAUGUAAAUCAACGCAUGUCAGUACUCUUGUCUCCAGAGCAAAGGUUCCUUCAUCAGAAGAAAGAAUCGAGAGACUUGUUCCAAUAACGAUUUGGGAUUUUGGAGGACAAGAAGUAUUUUACACAACUCAUCAAACCUUUCUUUCUGCCAACUGUAUCUAUAUGAUGGCAUUCAACUUGUUUGAGUUUUGGCAGGAAGCGGAUUCCAACAAAAGAUCCAACACCACACUGGACACCAUCACCUUUUGGAUAAACUCUGUUGUUACGUAUGCAAGACAUGCUGUUCCAGGGUAUCCUAAAAUUGUUCUUAUAGGAACACAUGCUGACUGCUUUCCUGUAGAAGAAAAAGGGAAGAUCUUAUGGAUGAUUUUCCAGAAGCUUGAGAAAUACUUUCGGAGAAGUGUUCAGAGACAACAUUUAAUCAUCAGUCCUCGACAUUUCCUUGAUGCUAGAGAUGCUGAAAGUGUGCCCUUUGACCUUCUACGUCAGUGUGUCAUGGAGAUAGCGGAAUCUUUACCGGACUGGGGAUUACCCAUUCCACACAAAUGGAUUGUUUUAGAAAACAUCGUUGCUGAUUUGAGAUCUUGUGGAUGCAAAAUUGUUUCUGUUAAUAAACUACAAUCGAUGUUAGAGGAUGAAUUUUAUUUUAAGCGACAAGAAAUUGAAGACUUUUUGACAUUUCAACAAUCAGUUAGCAAAAUUCUUUAUUUCAAAGACAGCUUUCUCAAUGAAAACAUCAUUCUGGAUCCUAGCUGGGUGAUCGAUGCAUUGUCUUCUUUUAUCACUGAUGAAAGAAUUUUGUGUUAUGAUAUUAAUCAAAGGUCAUUAGGAUGGAAUAAUUUAAGGGAAUGUGGGCAACUGAGGAUGAAUCUCAUAGAUGAAGUUUGGAAGAACUCUAAUUUCUAUCCUUUCAAGGAUUAUUUACUCGAUGUCCUUUGUAGACUAGAUUUGAUCACAAGGAGCAAACACAGAGAUUUCUUCUAUGUUCCAGGAAUGGUGAAAGAAAAGUGUCCCGAAAAGAUAAUCAGUGAUAUCCACUCCUCGACAGAAGUUGGACUGGUAUCUUUCAAGAUCUCAUUCAAGAAUAAUUUUCUGCCACCUGCAAUUUACAAUAGAAUGGUGACAGCAUUUCUUUCGAUGUUUGAAAGCUCCUCACAAUCAUCUACACAACUGUUCAGCAACUGUGCCAUUUUUGAACUCUCUAGAAGUAGAUGGACCAUUCUCCACAAACAAGGAUAUGAAAUCGAGAUAUUUACAUACAUAUGUGACCGAAGAGGCAGAGCAGCAGACAUAAAAUCUUUUCGUAUGGUGUAUAGCAUUACGUUAGACUGCCUAAAAGAUCUAAUGAAGAUUUACAGCGCGUUCCAAAAUGUCUCGGUGAGACAAUCCGACUUACCUUUUGAGGUGCGAUGUCAAGGAUGUAGAAUAUCGCAAUGUUAUAUCAGUAAAGGUGAUUUCCAUGAAUUAGAAUGUUUCAGAUGCCCGAUUCACGGAGAAUAUCUUUGUAGUGUUGAAACUUUGGAAGAAAUCUUUGGAUCAAAGGAAUUCAAAGAAGAAAAUGGCCCUUUCGUCAAUACGGCAGACAUCCAACCCUAUCCUUGCAUAGCAUUAAAAGAAAAUGCUGAGUGCUUCCUGGACUAUAUUGCCAGCAAAGUCUCUGGAAGUGAGUGUGUGUUCUUAUCUGCUGCUCUUGGAUUUGGUGUAACAUUUGUCGAAAAACAACGCCAUGAAUAUUCAAGCACACAUGAAUUGGCCUUUAGCAUUCUCUACAACUGGCAGACAAUCCACUCUCUACCGCAAAAUAUCCACCAACUUAUGCAAGCUUUUGGUGAUUUCGAGCGACAGGACAUUAUUGAGGAGAUGAAAUGCUUUACAUUUCACAAGUUUUGGGAAUCUGCCUCCUUGAUAAAUAUUCCAAAUCCAGACAAACAUAUCUCAGACGAGGAUCUUGUGAUUGUGUCAAAGAAAGUGAAAUAUAUCAAGCGGUUACUCAGAUUUCUGCAGAUCCCGCAAAGGUUUAUUGAAGAAUGUGAACUUGAACUUAAAGGAUCUCCGCCGGAUGUCAUAGCAUUAGUGACUUUAUCGAAAUGGGGAGAGUCCAAAGUAAAACCGUCCAGACGAAGUCUCAUUGCAGGAUUAUUGUACGUUGAAUUUAAAGAGUUGGUCGACAAACUUACAGAGAAAUGGCAAACAAACGUCUAAUGUAAGCUAUUGAGUACUUUCAAAAGUGUAUUUUAAAUGCUUUUGUCUCAGUGGAAUGUUAGUGAAAUCUAUAUUAUUUGUUCAAUGACAAGUACUUAAAUAAAAAGUGUUGAAAAUUUAACAAAACGAGAGACCAUCUUGAAGCAAUUU